CCACCACCUGAGCUGUCAGGCUAGCAUAAAACUAAUAACCAGCCUGCAUUACAUCUUGAUGAUGUGACAAUGGUACUGAUGAUGCUUACGCUCAGAGACUGCAAGACAAUAGAAGCAAAAAAAAAAAAAAGAAGAAGAAGAAGGAACCUUCAACUACACAGAAAUAUAGCUGGAGUGAAACAGGGGAAGACACCCAAUCCAACGGAGAAAAAAUAUAUAUCAGCAAAAUAAUAAUAAUAGCAUUGUUUAUAAAGCACCUUCUUUUCCAAAAACCCAACCCCACCACUGAGGAGUUGGGGCAAGGUGCUGUAAGAGAAGCCCUGAUCAGCUCCUGCCACUCUAUCCCCCAUCAGGGCUUGGCCACUAGCUAGGACCUGGCCUGGAAACUGGCCACACCUACCAGCCUCAUUAACAGGGCUAAAAGCUUGGGAGGAAGUGAGUUGGAGGGGAGCAGCGCGGGCACCGAGGACCCCGUUACACAUUGGGGCUUUUCCGGGAGUCGAAAGCCACCCCCAGGGAGAGACAACCUGAGAGAAUGGAGGGCAGGGUGCAGUGGCUGGCUAAGCAGCAAGAGGAGCUGCAGAAGACCCUGCAGGGUGUCCAACAGUCCCACCAGGUCGAGAGGCAGGCCUUACUCGUGUGGCAGGCUGAACAACAAAAAACCCUCCAGGACUUCAUCCGGGAGCAGGCCAAUAUACAGCAGCAGCUCCUGCACUGGGUGGUGACUCUCCCGCGUGGUGAUGGAAACCACGCGACAGGGCUGGGUCUCUAUAAAAUGGGCUCCGCCGAUGACCCUGAUGCCUUCCUAUGUACUUUUGAAUGGGUAGCCAUGGCUGCGAGCUGGGAUAAGGUGACGUUGGCCCUAAGACUGGCUCCUUAUCUGGCCAGUGAGGUCCAGGUGGCCUAUAGCAACAACCAGGCCAGAGAUUAUGAGAUGGUGAAGGCAGCUGUCCUGGACCGGAUGGGGCUGUUGGCUGAGAAGUACAAGCAAAAGUUGCGGGCGACCCGGUGGACAGGGGCUUUGCGGCGCCGAGCUUUUGCCCCAAAAUUGACCGAUUGGGCUACACGGUGGCUACGGUCUGACACCCAGACGGUGGGAAAAAUAAUGGACCAUGUGAUUCUCAAGAAAUUUGUGCAGGGCCUCACGGAGAACAUGUGGGUUUGGGUCCAGAGGCACCAGCUGACGACCAUGGAGGCCGCCAUCAAAAUGACGGAGGAGUAUGCCGAGGCAGACUUUUCCCAAAGGGAGGCGUGGACAGGCUGUGACCAGGACUGGGGAAAGAAGCCCCAAGAACCUCCCCCAGGGAGAGACCCGUAUUAA